UUCUUCUCUUCCCAAGAACAUUAUGUUAGGUACGGAAUGAAUUAUUUUCCACUUCCGUUUAUAUCCUAACAAGGGCAGGGUAAACAGAAAUAAUGUCGGAAGUGAAGAUAAUCGGAGUGGUGGGCGGUGGCCAAAUGGGAGCGGGAAUAGCGCAAGUCGCCGCCGUGCACGGCGUCGACGUCUGGCUUCACGACGUGGACCCUCUCGCUCUCUCCAGAGCCUCCUCUUCCAUCUCUUCCUCCAUCAACCGCUUCGUUUCCAAAUCCCUCCUCUCUCAGGGCGCAGGUGCCGAUGCUCUCAAACGACUGCGUUUCACCUCGAAUUUGGAGGACUUGCGCCACGCGGAUUUCAUCGUUGAAGCUGUUGUGGAAUCCGAAGAGGUGAAGAAGAAUCUGUUCGUUAAGUUGGAUCAGAUUGCGAAGAGUUCGGCGAUUUUGGCGUCCAACACCAGCUCUAUUUCGAUCACUCGUAUAGCGUCUUCUACCACCAGGCCACGUCAGGUGAUUGGAAUGCAUUUUAUGAACCCUCCGCCUGUGAUGAAAUUGAUCGAGAUUGUGCGAGGAGCAGACACUUCUGACGAGACAUUUAUAGCUACGAAAGCGUUGUCAGAGAGGCUGGGGAAGGUAGUAAUAACCUCCCAGGAUUAUUCAGGCUUCAUAGUGAAUCGAAUCCUCAUGCCUAUGAUAAAUGAAGCAUUUUAUGCUCUCUACACUGGUGUUGCAACCAAAGAGGAUAUUGACACAGGAAUGAAGCUGGGUACUAACCAUCCAAUGGGUCCUUUGGAGCUUGCAGACUUCAUUGGGUUGGAUGUGUGCUUGUCAAUAAUGAGAGUUCUUCAUGCUGGCCUUGGAGACAACAAAUAUGCACCCUGCCCUCUACUUGUGCAGCAUGUUGAUGCUGGCAGGCUAGGAAGAAAACGAGAUAUUGGCGUAUAUGAAUAUGGUAAAGAGCCAAGGUCUACAAAAUCAUCUUCUCGUCUCUAAAAUGUUUGUUUGCCUUGGAAGAAUAAGUUUGAUCACCCCAUUGAUUAGGGGUAGUGCACACUAACGAGUUUUUUUUAUAAAUACGAAGUUUAAGUGACCGAGCUAGAA